UGCGGAGAAGGCAUGUAAGUAGUGUUGCCAGCCACGACUCCUUCACUCAUCCCUUUUCUUCCUCACACUUCUGUUCAUCGGUUCUUCUCGUCACAUUAAUUUGUAUCAGGAUGGCCAUCUACGCAUCGACAGGGCAGGCAGCCCGCCUGUUCUCCAAGAGAGUCCCGGCUUGCCAGUGGCAGAGACACUUCAGUGCUGCUCGUCCGGUGUUCAAGGAGAUCCAGGAUGCUUACAUUCUCAGCGGCGCCCGCACGCCAACCGCAAAGUUUAACGGCUCUUUCGCCUCGGUUUCCGCCCCCGAGCUGGGCGCAACGGCCAUCAAGUCGGCCGUGAGCAAGUCGAAUGUCCCCACUGAGAAAAUUACAGACGUGUACAUGGGCAACGUGCUGCAAGGGUCGGUGGGACAAUCGCCAGCUCGGCAGGCGUCGAUCUUCGCCGGUUUGUCUCCCACCGUCGAAGCUUUGACGGUCAACAAGGUGUGUGCGUCUGGUUUGAAGGCCGUCGCACUGGCCGCGCAGAACAUUCAGCUCGGUCUGGCCGAGGCCCAGAUUGCCGGUGGCAUGGAGAAUAUGUCUCGGGUUCCGUACUAUCUUCCUCGUGCCGGCCAGCUGCCUCCGUUCGGUGAUUUGAAACUGGAAGAUGGUUUGAUCAAGGACGGUCUUUGGGAUGUUUACAACAAGUUCCAUAUGGGCAUCUGUGCCGAGACCACGGCCAAGAAAUACGACAUCUCCCGGGAAGCUCAGGAUCAGUAUGCGAUCCGGUCCUACGAGAGAGCGCAGAAGGCCUGGGCCGAGAACAAGUUUGCGGAUGAAGUCGUGUCCGUCACCGUCAAGGGUAAGAAGGGAGACACCGUGAUUGAGCGUGACGAGGGCUUUGAGAACUUGCGCGCCGACAAGAUGGCGACUCUGAAGCCGGCCUUUCUCAGAGACGGCACCGGUACCGUGACGGCCGGCAAUGCUUCGACCAUGAACGAUGGAGCUUCUGCCCUGGUCAUCACUAGCAAGGAUAUUGCCCGUGAAUUCGGCCAGGGCAACCGUGCCUUGGCGCGUAUCGUCUCUUCUGCCGAUGCUGCCAUCGAUCCCGUGGACUUCCCCGUUGCCCCCGCUAAGGCUGUCCCAAUUGCUCUUGAGCGAGCUGGUAUCACGAAGGAGCAAGUUGCCGUGUGGGAGUUUAACGAAGCGUUUGCCGCCGUCAUCAAGGCCAAUGAGAAGAUCUUGGGACUUGAGAACGCUCGCGUCAACCCUCUUGGAGGUGCCAUUUCCCUAGGACAUGCACUUGGUAGCUCUGGAUCGCGUAUCCUAGUGACCCUUCUGCAUCAAUUGCAGCCUGGCGAAUAUGGUGUUGCUGCUAUUUGCAAUGGCGGUGGUGCUGCUAGUGCCAUGGUUGUCCAGAAAUUGGAUAAGGUCGAGUAAACACGAGAUCCCCGCAAGGCCUUGUCUGCUAGUUCCUUGACAUGCAACAUCCGCUUUCACUCAGUUCACUGUCCUUUCUGCACCUGAUUCCCAGUGCUUAUCCCACGUCUUCGCUGGGCUCUUGGUCAAAAGCAACCACAUGAAUUCUAUACCCGUCAUCUGCCUCUCAGGAUAUCAUACAUGUAUAUAAUUUCCAAAUUAUGAAUUCCCUCUGCCGUAUAGGUCCAUAAUUCUCUUGAUCUAUCUCAUAGUUCAUUCGACUUGGCACGUGACGCAUCAUCAUAAGCCAUUCCUCAUUGGGACGUCACAUUUCGCGCUAACCCAAAGCAUCCGC